GCCAAGUUUCUUCCCCAUGCAAAUGCCUGCCUAAAUGCUGCCGGUGUUCAAUCGUUGCGACCCAAGCGUUCUUCAUAAGCCUCCCGCGCAAGCUCCAGCUUACCCUAGCACCGUGUUGCCUCCGCGUGCAUCCUUGUCUGCCUCCUGGGCUGCGAACGUUUAUAAUCAGUGGAUAACUGACGUAGGUAUGUUACAAUUGGAAAUGUGCUAACAAGCAGCUCAGAUUUGAGCAAGGCACGGGUUUGACGAAUGGGAACUCAAGCGCUUUGCACAGAAUAUGACCUAGAAGAGGAGGACCCUUUCUUCACCAGCGACGUAGAGAAGGUCGGACGGUCACGAAACACAUAUGAGCACCAGCUUAGGAAGCGGAGGCUUGUGCUCGGCGUCGCCAUUGGCGUCGGCUCCGUGGCGCUCGUGGCGCUCAUCAUCGGCCUGGCCUGGGCCAUGGGCCACCGGAAGCUGGAUUACAUAUGCCCGAGCGCUUACGACACCACCAGGCCAAACCUUGUGUUUUUCGUGGUGGGCGACUGGGGCAGGUCAGGCAACGCAAACCAGCGGCGUGUUGCCCGACUGAUGGGGGAUGUGGCUGAGUGUUUGCCCCCCGAGUUCAUCAUCAGCACAGGAGACAACUUUUACCCAAGCGGGCUGAGCUCCCCGCAGGACCCCUUGUUCGACGCCUCCUUCUCCCAGGUGUACACGGGGCCCAGGAUGCAGGUGCCCUGGUACGCGGUCAUGGGGAACCACGACUAUGGUGACAAUGUUGACGCUUCACUACUUAAUAGUGGGAGGUGUCUGGCGGCGCCACCCUCUGCGGAAGCGUGCACGAGCAGGUGCUGCAUAAGCCCCUGGUGGCAGACGGUGCCGGACCUGGCAGCUCGAGACCUGCGGUGGAAUGCGACCAUGGGAGGGGUGUUAACGCGGCGCUUCAAGUUGGGAGUGGCUGGCACCCUGGAUAUACUGUUCAUGGACACCAAUCCCUUCAUCCAGAGCUAUCAGAAUCGCUCCUGGUCUUCCUUCCUGCGCGGCGUAAGCAGUCAGGACUCGCAGGCCAUCCAGGCGCAGCUGCAAACGCAGCUCAACGCCUCGGUGGCCAGCGGCUCAAGCUGGCGGCUGGUGGUGGGACACCACCCCGUCAGGUCAUACGGCAAACACUGCAUGGAGGAUGAUAAAAACAACUGUGACGACAUGCAGUUCAUGCGUCCCUGGCUCCGCAGCUACCGGGUAGCCGCAUACAUAAACGGACACGAACACGACCAGCAGUUGCUUAAGUACCCCGAGGACCAGGUGUACUAUGUGGUGAGCGGCGCGGGGUCGGACACGCGCGAGGGCGAGUUCGACUCGUUGUUGCCCGAGAAGCGGGCCAACGCGCUCUUCUUGUCGGAUGCGCAGGGUUUCCUGGCGGUUGUAUUCGCUGGCGGCACCAUGCGGCUGCACUUUUAUACCAUCAGGCAGCGCGGUCCUGCGUACACCGCUACUGUUAACCGGCCUGCCUGAUGGCCCACUUUAAAAUGGACACCAAUCCCUUCAUCCAGAGCUAUCAGAAUCGCUCCUGGUCUUCCUUCCUGCGCGGCGUAAGCAGUCAGGACUCGCAGGCCAUCCAGGCGCAGCUGCAAACGCAGCUCAACGCCUCGGUGGCCAGCGGCUCAAGCUGGCGGCUGGUGGUGGGACACCACCCCGUCAGGUCAUACGGCAAACACUGCAUGGAGGAUGAUAAAAACAACUGUGACGACAUGCAGUUCAUGCGUCCCUGGCUCCGCAGCUACCGGGUAGCCGCAUACAUAAACGGACACGAACACGACCAGCAGUUGCUUAAGUACCCCGAGGACCAGGUGUACUAUGUGGUGAGCGGCGCGGGGUCGGACACGCGCGAGGGCGAGUUCGACUCGUUGUUGCCCGAGAAGCGGGCCAACGCGCUCUUCUUGUCGGAUGCGCAGGGUUUCCUGGCGGUUGUAUUCGCUGGCGGCACCAUGCGGCUGCACUUUUAUACCAUCAGGCAGCGCGGUCCUGCGUACACCGCUACUGUUAACCGGCCUGCCUGAUGGCCCACUUUAAAAUGGUAAGGGCCAUUGUGACGAGCUCUUGGAUGGUCACUGCCAUAGUUUCCGCUAGUAUCUGGGUGCAGGCGUUUUCUGGCGCUGCUGGCUGAUUGCUGUAAGCAAGCAGUGAAGGAACCGUGGGUUGCUGCUGUUCAGGCGAAGGGAUAAUGCUGCCUUCUAGGCAUCGAGUAGUACAGAAAUAGCGCAUUUGCAGUGGUAUUGUGAAUGUGGUGUCUACUGUUCAGGAGCACGUCCAUAGAGCCCACAUUCACGGCUUCGGCGACCGUGCGUGCGGCAAAUGAAAAGCGCACUGGAUAGACCAUCUGCAACGAAUUUGUGUAACUAAUGGCUAGCUUUUACCGUGGACCACACAAAGGCCCCCAAACCCAGGAUCUUGCAUGUUCUUGAGCAUGACGCAUGGUGUUGUCCAU